AGUUAUUCGUUAGAGAGGCAGGAAGAUUUAAGGGUGUUUUCCUUGCUGAAGAAGUUUAUGAAUUCUGCCAAAAACGUGAAGAUUGGCUUGCAAUUAAGCAUGCAGUUGAGAAAGAACUACA